AUGUCUCCUCCUGCCGCUACUCUCGAAACUGUCACUCCUGUCAACACUGGGAUGAGCUUCAAAAAGGAUCUCGCCGUCAAGCCUCUUCCCACUGCCCAAUCCAAGGCGCUGGCUGAGCUCCAAAACCAAUGGGACUCCUUCACCUUUGCUCCCAUCCGCGAGUCUCAGGUCUCGCGUGCCAUGACCCGCCGCUACUUUGCCGACCUGGACAACUACGCCGAGUCUGACAUUGUCAUCAUUGGUGCCGGUUCCUGCGGCCUGAGCACUGCCUACAUGCUCGGCAAGCAGCGCCCCGACCUGCGGAUUGCAAUUAUCGAGGCAUCGGUUUCCCCCGGAGGUGGUGCUUGGCUGGGCGGGCAGUUGUUCAGCGCCAUGGUCAUGCGCAAGCCCGCCGAGGCGUUCCUCAACGAACUCGGAGUCCCUUACGAGGACGAGGGUGACUUCGUCGUUGUCAAGCAUGCUGCCCUCUUCACAUCCACACUGCUCUCCCGCGUACUCUCCUUCCCCAAUAUCAAGCUCUUCAAUGCAACGGCAGUCGAGGAUCUGAUCACGCGCCCUGCUCCGACCGAGGCUGAUCCCAACGCCGUCCGCAUUGCUGGCGUCGUCACCAACUGGACGCUGGUCUCGAUGCACCACGACGACCAGUCCUGCAUGGACCCCAACACCAUCAACGCGCCUCUCGUCAUCUCGACCACUGGUCACGACGGCCCCUUUGGUGCCUUCAGCGUCAAGCGUCUCGUCUCCAUGCAGCAGCUCGAGAAGCUGGGUGGCAUGCGCGGCCUUGAUAUGCGCUCCGCCGAGGAUGCCAUUGUCAAGCGCACCCGCGAGGUCGUCAAGGGCCUUAUUGUGGGUGGCAUGGAGCUGAGCGAGGUGGAUGGUGCCAACCGCAUGGGUCCUACCUUUGGAGCUAUGGCGCUUUCCGGUGUCAAGGCUGCUGAAGAGGCUCUCAAGGUUAUCGAUGAGAGGAAGGCGGAGAACGAGUACUAG